GUGACACCGGAGUCAAGCGCAGUUGCGGAGCGUCGGACCCGAAGAUCGGGGAUCUCCUCCUGACUGCGAAUUUCCAGAAUUUUCCGGGGGUCGGGACAAAGAUGUUGCCAACAGGAGGAAGUUCACCAUGGUUGGAAAGCUGAUGCACGCAUUUUCAAAGCCUGAGAGACAACUGUGCUCUCUGCAGUGACAUCCUGAACUGGAUGCAUCAUAUAAUGCAAUAUUCCAAAUGGGACAUGCUUGACUAAUUUAGCUGUAAAUUAUUGUUGAACUUCAAUGGCUGUGAACAGAGAAUUAGCUGAAGAUAAUUACUACAGUCUGAAAUUUGAAUGAAGAUUUGAGGACGUACAGCAAAGUUAUACCUAAGGAUGACCGAAUGUCAUGAAUCUGGUCAUUCAGUAGGGAUGCUGGCCGCAUUGGAGCAUGGGCCCAUCCUCUGCAGCGACUCCAACAUCCUGUGCCUGUCCUGGAAGGGUCGGGUACCCAAGAGCGAGAAGGAGAAGCCCGUGUGCAGGAGGAGGUACUACGAAGAAGGGUGGCUGGCCACGGGGAACGGGAGGGGGGUCGUCGGGGUCACCUUCACCUCCAGCCACUGUAGGAGGGACAGGCACACUCCGCAGAGGGUCAACUUCAAUCUGAGGGGACACAACAGUGAGGUUGUCCUGGUGCGCUGGAAUGAGCCUUUUCAGAAGCUGGCGACUUGUGAUCGGGAUGGAGGUAUAUUUGUCUGGAUCCAGUACGAGGGCCGGUGGUCCGUGGAGCUGGUGAACGACCGCGGCGCUCAGGUGAGUGACUUCACCUGGUCGCACGACGGCACGCAGGCGCUCAUCUCGUACCGGGACGGCUUCGUGCUGGUCGGCUCGGUCAGUGGCCAGAGGCACUGGUCAUCAGAGAUCAACCUGGAGAGCCAGAUCACGUGUGGAAUCUGGAGCCCCGACGACCAGCAGGUUCUGUUCGGGACGGCGGACGGUCAGGUGAUCGUCAUGGACUGUCACGGCCGCAUGCUGGCGCACGUUCUCCUGCACGAGCUGGACGGCAUCAUCGGCAUGUCCUGGAACUACCCCAACUUCCUGAUGGAGGACAGCAGCGAGAGCGACACCGACCCUGAUGAUCACGCCAAGCCUCCAGCACACACGCAGAAAGCUCUCUUCACGGUCAGCUUCACGUCAGGAAACAUCAAUUUGAUGAAUAACUACGACGACCUCUCGCCUGCCACAAUCUGCUCAGGGCUCAGAGAUGUAGUUGUGCAGUGGUGUUCCCAGGGGGACCUCCUGGCCGUGGCCGGACUGGAGAGACACAGCCUCCCUGCGGACAUGGCCUGCAUUUCCUUGGCAAGGAAUGUCCUCGUCAAAUUCUACAAUGUCCAUGGUGAGCACAUCUACACGCUGGAGACCCCUGCUCAGCGUCCAAUCAGCACAGUGUGCUGGGGACACCGAGACUCGCGGCUCUUCCUGGCCUGCGGGCCGGCACUGUACGUGGUGCGGGUGGAGCACCGGGUGGCCAGCCUGCAGCUGCUGUGUCAGCAGGGCAUCGCCAGUGUCCUGCGGGAGGAGAAGGACGUCAGCAAGCUGAACAUGCCGUCCCGCCUCUGCUCCUACGUCACCACCGCCUUCAUCCCCACCAUUAAGCCGCCCAUCCCGGACCCCAACAACAUGCGGGACUUUGUCAGCUAUCCCACCACGGGUAACGAGCGGCUCCACUGCACCAUGAAGCGUACGGACGACUGCCCAGAGGAGGGCGGGCCCUGUUACACCCUCUACCUGGAGUACCUGGGCGGCCUGGUGCCCAUCCUCAAGGGCCGGAGGAUCAGCAAGCUGCGACCCGAGUUCGUCAUUGUGGACCCGAAGGAGAACUUCAGAGCAGACGAGGUUUACGGAAACAGCCUGAUUUCCUCUAUGAUCGACAGCUGCAACUGUUCCGACUCCAGCGACAACGAGCUGAAUGACGACUGGGUUGGAAAGAAGUCCUCCAAGUCACUGGGAAGCAAGUCGCCUAAACCGAGAAUUAAUAUGGAUGUGAGAAAAUCGCCUAAGCUAUCCAGGGCUGUGCAGGACAUAUCCCGGUCACCACGGUUACCUGCUCGGAACCCCGCUAUUGGCUCCCCAGGGCUCACAUGCAAAGAGUUCCCUCUAGAUGACAUUACUGAGCACAAUUACCUUGCUCAAGUGACAUCCAAUAUUUGGGGCACGAAGUUUAAAAUUGUGGGCCUUGCCUCAUUCUUGCCGACAAACCUUGGCGCAGUUAUCUAUAAGACAAGUCUAUUGCACCUUCAGCCAAGACAGAUGACUAUUUACCUCCCAGAAGUGCGAAAGAUAUCCCUGGACCUGAUGAACCUCCCUGUCUUCAAUCCGAACGUCUUCAGUGAGGAUGAGGAUGAUUUACCAGUGACGGGACCCUCGGGAGUUGUUGAUGACAAUCCACCCUGCACCGUCAACAUCCCCAUUGCACCCAUCCAUAGCCCCGCCCAGGCGAUGUCACCUACUCAGAGCAUUGGACUUGUCCAGUCCCUAUUGGCUAGCCAGAAUGUUCAGCUCGACGUCCUGACUAAUGCUACCGCCAGUGCGGCUGCCAUCUCUGGGGUCUCUGGGCGUAACCAGGAGGCGGGGGCGUCGCAGUAUAGCUUGCCCACUAGAUAUUCCGGCCCCGGACAAGUGAUCUUCAGUGGGAUGGAAUUGGGUCGCAUUUCGGUUGGGCUACCUCUUGCACAUCAGCAGCAGAUUCAGCAGCGUCAGCAGCAGCAGCAGCAGCAAAUGCAGCCGCCGCAGCUAAAACAGCAACAGAAGCCUCCGCAGCAGCAACACGCGCUGCACCAGGUGCAGCAGCUGCAGCAGCAGCAGAUUAAACACCAGCUGCAGCAGCAGCAGCAAAUGAAGCUGCAGCAGCAGCAGAUCCAGCAGCAGCAGCAGCAGAUCCAGCAGCAGAUUCAGGAGAUGCGGCAGCAGCAGCAGCAGAUGCGGCAGCAGCACCAACAGCUGCAGCAGCUCAAGAUGCAGUUUCCUUUGCCCCCGCUUGCAGCCGGCCACCCCCAGGUCGUGUUGCCUCAGCCUCAGGUUGUGCUCCAGAUACCCCGGUUUCCUGAUGAGCACGGACGGGAGAGAAGAGACCAGGAGCAUCAGCUGAAAGUGAAAACCCCCCACCCAGCCCCUUUGCUCACUGCGGGGGAUGCAGCAGUUUUCACUGCCCCUCUGGAGAUCAGCAAAAUGAACCCUCCGCCACCUUACCCAGGCACUGUAGGGUCUGUGGUUUCAGUAGCCUCUACAAGCCCUAGUGACAACAGCCACACCGGUCAGCCCCAGUUAGAUCUUUGCUUGAAAAAGGACUUCUUGCUGUACCCUCUGGCCUCCCAGUACCAGACCCCAGUAGGGUACGAGCGGAUAACGACUUUCGAUAGUAGCGGGAACGUAGAGGAGGUAUGCCGUCCUCGCACGAGGCUGGUGUAUAACCAGAGCCUGCACCCUCUCCAGGGACCGGGCAGUUCUGCAACUCUGAGGGUAACUUCUUCAGAGAAGAAGAAAAUCCAGCUUCCAUACACUUCUGCCACUCUCAGUCGGCUCACAAUUCCACGAUACUCGAUACCUACCAGGGAUCCACCGCCCUACCCGGAUUCAGCAGCUACUGCACGGAGUCCCGCCCAGCAGAUGGACGCCACGCUCAUUCGUACCACACCACAGUGCAGCAUCAGGGAGGGAGCCUUGAAUGUCUCUCAGAUGUCUGCCAAAACUCUACCAACCAAGUCCAAAGUCAACAGAACUCUAGCAGCCUCCUACCAACAAAGAGUGUCAAAAGCGUUGCAUACUUGUAGCCAGUGUAGUAGCACCAGUGGCAAUCCCAGCGUGAAUGCUAACAGCGGGAACACCAGUGGGAGCGGCAGUAGUAACGGUAUCACAGGUGGGACCAUCAUGAGGCCAGAUUUUACACUGGGAAAUGGAGGCCAACUCAACACUAUAAUCGUUCACUCAAACAGCGCUUCGCCUCUGACUUCACAGUCCUCCUAUAAUCUACUGGGCCCUCUCGAGAACGGCAGGGACCGGACGGAGUAUGUUAAUUCAGCUUUCACUGAGGACGAGGAGGUGAAUCCGGAGUGCCAGUUAGAGAAACCUGUCCGGCACUUAACCCUGGGAGAAGUCAGCCUGACGGUCAAGCGUCCUCCUCCUUACCAGUGGGAUACCAGUAGGGCCUCUGAGGAAAUCUGGGUUCCUCGGGAACAGACUGUCUUGACUACCCCUCCUGUGCCACACAAACCACCAUCAAUCAUCCUGAAUCAAGACCAGCACUUAAGUGUGUCUCGAUUGCCCUUUGACCUCCCACCACAAUCUCCCACUAAUCUCAGUGUCCCCACUUUCCAGUCAGGUUACCAGAUUCCUCUGCCCUUUCCUCCAGGUGCCAGUUAUAAUGGCCCUCAACUACAAACAUUGCAGCCUCCUCCACAACCCUGCCCCAUCAAGGAAGCCGUGGCGCCCCUCCCCUUCAGUCAGCAAGAGCCUGCCAUGGUCCUGCCGCCCAGUUACCCGCCAAAUUUGGCCAACUUGAGCUGCUGUUCACUGCCACCAAUCUACCCAAGUGCCAGUUCCUGCACUGGCCUCCAGCUGCCCCCUGCAACCAUGCAUCCUUGGAACAUCUAUAACCCAUGCCCACCCGUACAAAAUCCCCCAGAGACACUUCCCAGCAAAUCCCACCAGGUGGUGGAAAAGCCGGUCCUCUCGCCGCCCCCUCCUGCUGAUCUCCAGAACCAUCUCAGGUUCACAGAGGCCAUAGCAGAAGCUAGCGACAACCUUCAGGAGGUACUUCCUCUGAAUGAGAGCCCGAUGCCUCAGAGAAUGGAGGAAUUUGUCAAAAAGAGCCGUAGGAGCCUUGACAGCCAGGGAGAUGAAGCUAAUGUCACUCCUGUGGCGCAGGACAAGGGGAAGAAGGAGGGUCGUGUGCUCAGUGACUUCAACAACCUUAUGUCCAGCCCUGGACUCAGCCGAGAAAAGAAGAAACCCAAGAGCCAGAAGGAGCAGCAAAAGGCUAAGAAGAUGAACAAGACGAAUGAGUUCCAGGACAGCUCGGAGAGUGAGCCGGAGCUGUUCGUCAGCGGGGAUGAACUCAUGAACCAGAGCCAGAGUAGCAAGAAGGGUUGGAAAAGCAAGCGGAACCUACGCACUACCAGCGAACUGGAGGAGAUCAAGUGCCGCAAAGCGAACGAGAAGGAAGACCGGGGCCUCGGUAGUCAAGGCUUUGUGUAUGUCAUGGCCAACAAACAACCCCUUUGGAACGAGGCCACACAAGUAUAUCAGCUAGACUUUGGAGGAAGGGUCACGCAGGAGUCAGCUAAGAACUUCCAGAUUGAGUUGGAAGGAAGACAAGUAAUGCAGUUCGGCAGAAUUGAUGGCAACGCCUACAUCCUGGAUUUUCAGUAUCCGUUUUCAGCAGUGCAGGCCUUUGCUGUAGCCUUGGCCAAUGUGACCCAGCGGCUUAAAUGAAGAGGUAUCGGGAUUGGUGCAAGAAGAAAAUCGAGAGAGACGCAAUUGGUUUGUUAUGCUGCGGUGGGGGGGGGGGGGGGGGUGUAUGAAUAAGGGGUUAGUUUACUGUGGUCACUUUUCAAUUUUUAUGCUGCUGUAAUGUAUAGAAGCUGGAGGAACAGCUACCUUAUGUACAUGCUGCCUUAUUUAACUAUUUUUAUUAUAGCAGUUUGUUUUUAAGCUCUUAAGCGACAACCUGCAGUGGAGAUUCAUUUGCUGAACUACAGCAAAUACAGGGGGCUGAAAUUAAUAUCCCUGUUAAAUAAUUGUGUAUUAUUAUUGUGGUAUUUAAUCAUUGUUUAGUCGUCUAGUGCAGGGGUCCCCAACCUUUUGAUGACCACGGACCAGUUCACAUUGUGUAAACAUUUCACAGACUUGUCACUUGGGGGGGGGGGGGGGUGUGUUAAAAUUUAGUGGAAUGGACAAUGCAGGUGGCAGAUCAAUUGGUGGAACGAACUUUAUAAGUUCAGUAGUUUCCAUUUUUUCCCAGAUGUGAUCAGAACACACGCAUGUAAUAAGUUGUUAAAAAAACGGCCUGGCUUGAAAACAUACACUUUAUUUUUGUAAGUUAACCGUUCUUUCCCACGAAGUCCCAGUGUUUUAAUUCCGGUGGGAUACUGGCCGUCAUGCCGGGGUUGGGGAUCUCUGUGUUAGUACACAUUGGUGGCUGAUUAGGCACUUAACUGUGACUUAAGAAUUCUCAUGCACUUUUUCUUACUUUCGCACUUUUCACUGGUUUCUGUAUAAAACUGUGUAUAGAGCUGAAGGGUGAGUGGUCUGUCAUAGAGUGAUUUGGCAAACCUACACGACAGUCCUUUUCAGAAGCCUGAGCCCCUUAAUUAUCUGUCUGCUAAAGGACAAUGUGGUGAUGUUUAAUAACAAACCAAGUGACAAACCUCUAAAUUCAUAAGGUUGCUUAUUUUUAAGUUUUGGAAAAUAAAAAUUGCUAUGUUUGACAGCUCAGUAUUUAAUAGGCCUUAAUAUGUUGCCAAUCGUAAUUAUAAAUUAUUUUUAUUCUAAUGUCAAUAUAAAACAUUUUGGACUUCAUAAGUUGCACAAAAAUAUAUGCUAUAGGCUCUGUGUUGUAACAUUGUUUCAAUGAAUUUGAGUUAAAUUUUAAAUGUAUUUUUCAUAGCAAAGUGGGUAAUUUAUUGAAACGUUGGUUAUUUUGCUUAAGCUAUUCCCCAAAAUAUAUUUUUACUUGGUUUAUCUAAGUGGGAAGUUUUUAGUUUAUUGGAUUAUUAGUGAAAUGUGAAUGAUUAGAACUAUGAGUUAUUACAAUAUAAAAGGAAUGUAUUUAGGCUAGGAAUAGUUUUACAAUUGGUUAAACAGUUGAUGUCGUCUUCACUGUUGUUACUACAAAAACAGUAAUAUAACAUUUGCAUGAAGAUAACUUGCUGGAAAUCAGUAACAUGAUAAUAGAGAACUUAAACAUAAGUUAAAAUUUAACAUCAGCUUAUAAUUUUAAUAAUAUAAUUUGGAUCAUUAAUGUUCAAUGAAAUAUGCAAGCAAGUGCCAAUGUUGGUGGUGGGGGGAUGGACACCAAGCAAAUUCUAUUUUCUGCAUGUUCCACCUUAGGAUUUGGCUCUUGGAACUUUUAACCAAAUGUUAAAAGUACAAUCAGACCAAGUAUUGCCUGUUGGAUGUUUGUAACACUAUGGACUGUGUUGCACAUAUUUAUGCUAAAUCCUGUCAAAAAUAACAGGAAACUAGAUUUCAAAAGAAAUUAACAGCUGGACCAAAGUUUGGCUUUGAUAGCUUAAUAAUGUAAUAUGGGAAACUUUCUACAAUUAGUGCAAUGAAAUAUCGGGGAGUAAGUAAUUCACAGGAAAUGUUUUGAAUAUUUAUCAAUGAGAAAGGAGGAUGAUGAUGAUGAUGAUGAUGAUGAUGAUGAUGUGGUGUGACUUUGCUGCUAAAUUGUGCCAGGGUGACGUAAGGCUUGUAGAAACAUGAAGCAUGUCUCCUGUCAGAGCGAUGGUAAGCUCAACCACUAAUGCCGUGUUUCCCAACCCGAUCCUUGGGGACCCACACCCGGUCCACAUUUUUGCUCCCUCCCAGCUCCUUGCCGGACAGUGCACAUUUUUGCAUCCUCCCAGCUCCUUGCCAGACAGUGCACAUUUUUGCUCCCAAGGACCAGAUUGGGAAACACUGCGCUAGAGGACCAGAGUGACCUUGGUGCUUUUUGUAAGGCUGAGUUGGGUUUUCAUGCUGGUCUCUGCAAAACUGAAAUGUUCUGAUGUCGUUCCCCACUGACCAAACCCACAUUCCUGGUAUCAGUGAAUCUGUUUCCUUGCUUUUGGUUGGAUCGUGCAUAUUUUAUAAAUAUGAAUAAAACUGGUAAGUGAGCCGAAAGAUUCACAAGGGAAGAAUUCAGUACAUGAAAGCAGCUUACUGUUCUUGAGAUCUGUUAAAAUCCCCCAUUUUCUUUAAUGCUUUGUGAAUAUAUUUUUUACCAAUCAACAGUCAUAGCACCUACUUAAUAGGCAUUUUACGUUUUUUAAAGCAAAUUAGAAAACUUUUAAAAAUAUAAAUAUUCUGUAAUUUAUCUCUUAUCACUUCUGUGAAGUCAUUGACUAGGAGCAUUGAAUUUAUACCUCAGUAGACACUGUAUAAUCUUUUUCACAUAUUUCAUCCAUGCCAGGUCAGACUAUUUUAAUAACUGUCGCAAGUUUUACCAUGAUUACCAUGCUUUAUUGGGUUUUUAAAUGUCUUGUUUGACAAACUUUGUAUAAUUAAAUUAGUGUAUGUUCAAAACAAUCCAUGUAUCAACAAACUGCUUUGAGCUGUUGACAGAAUAUUUGCGGAUGUUGCCCUAUAAUCUUGGAUGCAGUGUUUUAAGACAAUCCGAAUUUUAAAAAUGUAAUUUUUUUUGUUUACAUUGGUUUCCAAUACUGAUGAUGUCCAUGAUCAGUUUUCUGAGCUUGCGGGGCGUCAGGAGUAGGGAGGCCAUCACCUUUGCACACAUGAUGGUGGGCCAUUCUUCUGGACUAGCAUGUAGUGCUUGUCCAACACCAGCUUUAAAUGCAUAUUUUUUUGUAUAUCCUUAAACUAAAAAAAGAUAGUUGUAUAGGAUAUGUUACCCCAACCUGUAAAGCAACUUGGUGUCAAUUCCAUGAAAACUUCACUCCACUUUUUAAUGUAUAUAUGCUCUGUUUGUUAAAGUCUCAUGCAGUUUGUAUUAUUAAAAAUGCUAUAACAGUGUGAACACCAACCCUGAUUGGUUGAGCAGCUGCUAAUGAUGGAUGAUGAAUGAUUUUGAUUGGAUCAAUCUGACUUUCCUGGAAUGUGUACUGGAGGUGAGCUUAGCUGUGUUUUUUAGAAGACACUGAAUGUCUUCUUUUCAACCAGCCUAACGAAGUGCAUUGAAAGACAUGUUGUUAUGUAGUAUUGAAAGUUACCACCUUAAUUUGUGUGCUUCAGCUCAGAAGAGGUUUAACUAAAAAUAUGACAGGAUAUAUUAUGUUUUUUGUAGGCUUGUUAGAUAAUGGCCAUUUAUUUGCGAUAUAUUUCAGUGUUGACAUCUGUUACCUUAUGUUUUUCUCUGUACUAAGGAAAUUAGUGUAAAAAUGUGAGAAAUUUGUCUACACAAGUCUGAAAAAUGUGCUUAAUGACCUUUAUCUCUUAUUAGUCUGUCUGCCUGUUCAAGAAGGUAGUUAAUGUAUUGUGAAGGCUUGCUGUCAGGUGUUAAUUCAAGAUAAAAUUUCACUGUGGUAGAAAGAAGUAAAUACUUGCUUAAUCUGUUCAAGUUUAGCGGCAAAGGACGUUUGCGUCUAAAUGUUUGUGUAAUUGUGAGGUUAGAGAAGAUGUAGUAGUACUGUACCUAAAUACACAGAUUGUUGCUUUGGUGCAAUAACCAGUGCCAGGCAGUGUAUUCUUUUCGAAAGGCCAUGCCUAAUAGGACUGAUGGAAAUCUUUUUGAUGGUGCAUUAUUAUGCAGUCAGUUUUAAUUUUUAUAUAUUUUUGCAUUUGUAGGAGUACCUUUUAAUUUUUGAUUAUAGACAGACACAAGAUAACUUUAAUUUUGAAUAUUUUUUUACUUUUUAUAUACCUAGAAAAAUGCACUUUCAUCUUUGGGCAGAAAUCUCUUUAGUGGCAUUUAUAGGUACUUUUUUAAAUCCAGAGGUGAGGAUAUGAGGCAUGAAAUAUCACACAACUAUAAAUAGGUUCAUGCUGAAAGAUUUUUCUUUUUAUUAAAAAUGAUUUUUUUAAUAUCAUUUCUGCUGUUUUCCCAGUGCUUUGGCAAUGAAUUUGUUAUUGCUACUGAAAAGUGUGCAUUAAGUUACAUGGCUUGCAUGUGCUAGGAGAGAUCUUUGUAAAUGGGUUUUUUUAGUACUGUAAUAUGCUUUCAUGAUCCUUUUUCAGGGAAGAAUUUUGAAUUUGUAUUUAUCUGUUCUGUUUUAUCAGGAUGAGGGCAAUUGCUGUCAUAUAAAUGUAAUGUGAAAUGAUUUCAUUUCCUUCAGCGUAUAAAGGAGAAUAGCUACUAAUAAAAGGUGUCUGUUAGGAUUGCUGAUUUACUUUUGUUAAUAUUUGUUGGUUUUGCUUAGGAAUUUGUGUCAAUUGUUGUUGCUUAAUAAAACUUUACAGUGAGACAAA